UUCGUCAUGGUGCGGUUACCGUUACCGCACCGGUUGAGCUCUCACCUGAGCGCAAGGAGUACCAAUACGACUCCGGGUCAGAGUAGGAGUACCAGCCCCAUGAGACCCGCCGAGUCCAAGCCUCUUCUCCUCCGCGUCUCGGUAUUACAGGGGAGAAACUUAGCCGCCAAAGAUCGAGGCGGAACAAGUGAUCCGUACCUAGUUGCCACGUUAGGAGACUCGAGGCAGUCGACCCCCACGAUCUAUAAGAGCCUGAACCCGGAAUGGAACGUCACCUUCGAGAUGCCCGUCGUCGGCGUGCCCCUGCUGGAGUGUAUCUGCUGGGACCACGACCGGUUCGGCAAGGAUUACCUGGGCGAGUUCGAUAUUCCAUUGGAGGAUAUUUUCGCCCACGGCGAGGUGCAACAGCAGCCAAUGUGGUAUACCCUCACCUCGAAGCGGAAAUCCACCAGGAAGAAUAGGAAGAAGGAUAGCAACAUCUCCGGCGAGAUCCUGCUGCAGUUUUCGCUAUUCGACUCGUCCAAUCCCGACGCCCCCCCGAACGAGACAUACAGCAAGUUCAAGAGCCUGGUGCGUUCUGGCGAGGAGGAGGACUACUUCCCCCAGAUCCCCGGGAACGUGUUGAGCAGCGCCGAUCAAGACGAGCCGUCGUCGGACGAGAAUGACGAUCCGGAUAAAAAGGAGGUGGUCGAGAAACGGCGGAAGCGGCUGCGCUUGGCUCGACUGAAACGCAAGUCGCUGGCGCAGCGAGCAUACCAAUUCUCAGGGCAAGGCAACGGAGUGCAAGGCAUGGUGUUCAUGGAGAUUGUGAAGGUCACCGAUCUUCCCCCGGAACGAAACGUGACCCGCACAUCCUUUGACAUGGAUCCGUUUGUUGUCACCUCGUUGGGGCGCAAGACGCUUCGAACCCCGGUCGUCCGUCACAACCUCAACCCCGUGUACCACGAAAAGAUGGUAUUCCAGGUCAUGAAGCACGAACAGGCGUACACGAUGAGCUUCACCGUUAUGGAUCGCGACAAGUUCUCCAACAACGACUUCGUCGCCUCGGCGAACUUUCCGCUCCAGACCCUGAUCAAGUCUGCGCCGGACGCCGACGCGAACACCGGGCUCUACCACUUCUUGGAUCCCGCCCUUGAUCCGACCCAGGAUCGCGGAUUGUCCGACAAUGCGGCCGGGAUUAAGAUCGGGAUCAGCCCGUCGCCGUCGUCGAGCGGCCGCUCGAAGAUGGUCAAGCCCACCACGAUAAGCUCGCGAAGCUCCACCACUUCCCUGCAGGCCGCGCAGGACAUGCCUGCGCCCACAUCGUCCCCGUUGCUGGCGCCUUCGUCGAACGCGACAGAUACGGACAGCGGGGCAUCGUCUCCAGUACCGACUUCGGUGCCGACCACCAUCACUUCGGAAGCGCCCAGCAUGCCCCCCCUGGAAGACGAAGGUCUUCGGCUCUAUCGGAUCCCGCUAGUGCUGAAGAAUAAAGAGCGAUGGGAGGAUAAGCACUCCCCCGAGCUGGUGGUCAAGGCGAAGUAUAUGCCGUACCGCGCCCUCCGCCAGCAGUUCUGGCGGCUCAUGCUCAGCCAAUAUGACGCUGACGAUAGCGGCCGGAUCGACAAGGUCGAACUGACGACGAUGCUCGACACCCUCGGCUCGACGCUGAAGGAGUCGACCAUCGACAGUUUCUUCGAACGCUUCAGCGCGGAGAACCAGCCCAGCGACACGAUGGAUCUCACGUUCGACCAAGUGGUGAUGUGCCUCGAGGAUACCCUGCAGGCCCUGCAGCGGAUCCCCAAGCCCAUCGGGAAACAGCUCCUCCAGACCUCCUCCGCCGGCAGCCAGGAUAGCGACGAGCCGUCGAGCGGCGACGACGAUCUGAACGGGGACCCGCUGGGAAUCUCCGUCCCGACAAUCCCCGGCGACGAGGAGACGCUCCCGCAGCGAAAGGUAGCCGUGCCUGGCAUCGCAGCCGAGGAGUCCUCCUCAUCCAACGACGACCUCCACCCGGACGAUCUCGGCGACGAGCGCGGCGAAGAACACGUCGUCGAAAUCCUGGAAUGCCCGCUGUGCCACCAGCCGCGGCUGUCGAAGCGAUCCGACGCGGACAUCAUCACGCAUAUCGCCACCUGUGCGAGCCGUGACUGGCGACAGGUCGACAACCUUGUCAUGGGCGGCUUUGUGACGUCCAGCCAGGCCCAGCGGAAGUGGUAUACCAAGGUCAUCACCAAGAUCUCUUACGGCGGUUACCGGCUCGGUGCCAACUCGGCCAAUAUCCUGGUCCAGGAUCGCAUUACGGGGCAGAUUAACGAGGAACGGAUGAGCGUCUACGUGCGGCUUGGAAUUCGGUUAUUGUAUAAGGGCUUGAAGAGUCGGGAUAUGGAGAAGAAGCGAAUCCGUAAAAUCUUAAAGUCCCUCAGUAUCAAGCAGGGCCGGAAAUACGACGAUCCUGAUUCGGCCAGUCAGAUUGAAGAUUUCAUCAACUUCCAUCAGCUCAACAUGAACGAGGUCCUGCACCCGAUCGAGUACUUCAAGACCUUCAACGAGUUCUUCUACCGGGAGCUCAAGCCAGAUGCGCGGCCCUGUUCAGCCCCCGAUGAGCCCGGGAUCGUCGUUUCGCCAGCCGACUGCCGAUCCGUCGUGUUCGACCGCAUGAGCGAAGCGACCGGCAUCUGGGUCAAGGGCCGGGAGUUCUCCAUCGAGAGACUCCUCGGCGACGCCUACCCGGAGGACGCCAAGCGCUACAAGAACGGGGCGUUGGGCAUCUUCCGCCUGGCGCCGCAGGAUUACCACCGCUUCCACAUCCCCGUCGACGGCGUGAUGGGGACGCCCAAGACGAUCGAGGGCGAGUACUACACGGUCAAUCCGAUGGCCAUCCGGUCCGCACUGGACGUGUACGGCGAGAACGUGCGGAUCCUGGUGCCCAUCGACUCGCCCGUCUACGGCCGCGUGAUGGUCGUCUGCGUGGGCGCCAUGAUGGUGGGCAGCACGGUGAUCACCGCCCAGGCGGGCGACAAGGUAUCGCGAGGCGACGAACUCGGGUACUUCAAAUUCGGCGGGAGUACGCUUCUCCUUUUGUUUGAGGAAGACCGGGUGAAGUUCGACAAAGAUCUGGUAGACAACUCGAAGGGUCCUUUAGAGACAUUGAUCCGAGUCGGCAUGUCAGUAGGCCACAGCCCUGGCGUCCCCCAAUUCGAACCCGACAUGCCGAAGAAGCCCGAAAAUGUAACGCUGGAGGAGAUGCAAGCCGCCCAGCGUCGGAUCGAGGGCAGCCUGGCGCCUCAUUUGGAGCAUGAGCAGGAGCAGUAAGCAAGCAUUGGGACAUUUAUCUGUCGAAUUUUUCCAGCGGUCUGGUCUUGGUCUGCAUGAUCUCGUUUGUUUCUAGCGUUCGGUUUCUGUUUAACUUAGCGAUCUAUUCGCACAUAAAUCUUUGCUACGUGUUUGAAGAUGUGGUUGGUUUUACAUGUAUACAGGAGAUAUAGGUAAUAUAUGCUAGGAUGAACAUAC